UCUUCAUCUCCUUAGUCCAUGUUUGAGCUGUGACUGAGGUCCAGACAAAACCAGGAAGUAAAAGUGGACACAGGGUUUGCUUUGGUAUCAAAUUGCUCAGGAUAUAGAACAUUUUAUCAAGGAAGUCACACUGCCCCGAAGUCUUCCUUUGCACGAUUCCUGGGUUCCUACCCAGAGAAUCUUAACUGACACAAGGAAUCUCAGAGGAAACAGGAGUCCUUCCUAUGUAGCUCUUUCCACACAUCCCACAGGUGGACGGAAUGGAUGCAGCGUCUUUGUGACUGCAGCACAUGGACUGGGAAUCCAGACAUGUGUCCCAGUGUCAUAGGAACUAGCCAGAAUCACUUCCUGUUUCCAUGUGUAAAGUGAAUGGUUUCAAUGGAGUAGUUUCCUUAAAUACCUCCCCCACAGCAACUCAACUCUUCAAAUCAUUUAAACGGCCAGUAUAAGCAAGAGAUAAAAGCCAAAUGUUUCCGCUUGAAAUGGGGAAACAGGGCUCAAAUGCUCCUCUCCAAGGUGGGCAGAACGGCCAGCUCUGGGGCUGGAACUGUCCCUGUCCCCAAGGCUUGCCUGCCUUGGUUGUCGCUUCCAAGAUGAGCGGUGAAAAGGAGAGGAACAGGCUUUGGGGAUUUGAUAGAUCUUAGAGGUUUGUGAGCAAGCGAAGUGCACGGCAGGCAACUCCUUAACGCAAGGAGGAGGUUCCAGCGUUUUAGGAAAGAGAUGAGGGCCCAAGAGAGAGGAAACCCAGAAGACUUGCCCUCAUGGUGAUCCUGAAAGAGGAAACUGUCACCCUUACCUUUCCAGUCCAGGGAUUUCAGGUAUGAAAAGAGCCACCCUCCGACCUGUAUCUGCUCUAGAUUCAAUUGGUUGCCACGCCCUCUGUGUGUGUGUGUGUGUGUGUGUGUGUCUCAUCUGGGUCUCCCAGGCACCACCCUGGCAGGUCUCUGGCCUUGACUCCAGGCAGGUGUGCCAAGGCUGCAGCCAGGGCCACCUGGCAGCUCCAGGUGCUGUGAGCAUGCUGUCAUGGAAACGGCCCUGGGGUUGGUGGCAAGGCGGCAGUUUCCCAAAGCUAGGAGGAUUCAGGAGAGGGAAAGACGGGAAACUCAUACCCUUCAGAGUGGUCUCUCUGAUCCCCCUCUCCAGUCCACAGAAGCCCAGGACAUCCCCUGUGGGGUUCCCCUGCAUGUGAUCGGAGGAUGGCCGAGCCACAGGGCCAGGAACUCACAGCUGAGUGUCCCGUCUGCUGGAACCCCUUCAACAACACGUUCCACACCCCCAAAGUGCUGGACUGCUGUCACUCCUUCUGCGUGGAAUGCCUGGCCCACCUCAGCCUGGUAGCCCCAGCCAGGCGCCGCCUGCUCUGCCCACUCUGCCGUCAGCCCACCGUACUGGCUUCAGGGCAGCCGGUCACGGACUUGCCGACAGAUACUGCCAUGUUGACCCUGCUCCGCCUAGAGCCCCACCACGUCAUCCUCGAGGGUCACCAGCUCUGUCUCAAGGACCAACCCAAGAGCCGUUACUUACUGCGUCAGCCUCGGGUCUAUACCCUGGACCUUGGCCCGGAGCCCGGGAGCCAGACCGGACCCCCUCCGAACACAGCCCCCGACGCCAGGCCUGUGCCCAUCCCCAGCCACUACUCUCUCAGAGAGUGCAUCCGCAACCCUCACUUCCGGAUCUUUGCCUACCUGAUGGCCGUCAUCCUCAGUGUUACCCUGCUGCUCAUCUUCUCCAUCUUUUGGACUAAGCAGUUCUUUGGGGGCAUGGGGUGAGCAUUCUCUGUGCCAGCACAAGGAACCACGCCUUUCUCUGUGGUGGCUGUAAUGGGGACUACCGAGCCGCCGUUGACGUUGUCAGUCUGUGUGGUAUUGCUCAUUUGACAGCCCAGGGAUGGGUUAGGUCAUGCGUCUGCUUUGGAGAACAGAGACCUGGAAGUGAACUGUGGGGGCAUGGAGUGUAGAGGAGCAGUUCUGUGGCUCCGGGGUCCCACAGCAAGCUGUGCCAAAGGGCUGGACGGCACUGUCCAGACCGACCAGCUGCGAUGGCUUGCAGCACCCACCACCGGCGCUGUGUUGAGCUGUUCGUCUGUUGUCGACAGUUCUGCAGUGUUUGGGUUUGUGGGCCAACGCGCUUGGCUCCCCUUUCAGCCUUCCUGAUUCUCGCCACCAUUCCCAGUAAAA